GCGGCGGCUGUCUUUGCUUCGCGCUCCGGCGCGGGUCUGAGGUAAAAUUUUCGCCCCUUGGUGUGUCCCUCCUCUGUGCGGUCAAGCAGGAGGGGAAGACACCAAAGAAGAGGCUUGAGGUCAGAGGACGCUGGCCUCGCGCGCCGACCUGGCCGCCCCGGCCUCCGGCCGGCGCUCCCGGGCGGCGGCCCUUCCCCCGAGAGCCCGGGCCCUCUCGGCCAGCCGAGGUCCGGGCGGCAGCUCUGGGAGGAGGCGGGUCGGCCAGGCCUUGUCUCCAUCCGCGAUGCUCCCGAUUUCAAAAGGCUCCAGAGCAACCUUUGGGUUCUUUCUCCACAAGGAAAAGGAAUAGCAUCUCCGUCGUUCUCGUCACGGUGACUCCGGCCCCAAUGGCCCCCUGUUCCCGGGUCCCGGUGAGCACUCGGUGGCUUUGUUCCGGCCGUGGGUGUCGGCUAUUGAAGUUUGGUUGUCUUUCUCAAGACUUUUUCUCUUUUCAUGAGGAGAAGUCAGAAGGGGAAAGGAUUGUGACUGGGUGUCUGACAAAUUAUUUUCAGAUUGGGAGAUUUGUCUUAAUUCCAGAUGGUCAUCACCUCAGUGGAAUAUUUUGGAUGGGAAAAAAUCCAGUGUGGUGGAAAUGGUCUGCAUGCUCCAGGCCAGGAGCCUGACCAGGAGGGAGACACAAGAGGAAGAAUGGCUGCAGGAUCGCUGACAACCUGGUCACAGGACUCGGUGACCUUCGAGGAAGUGGCAGUGGACUUUUCACAGGAGGAGUGGGCACUGCUGGACCCUGCUCAGAAAAUCCUGUACAGAGACGUGAUGCUGGAGAACUUUAGGAACCUGGCCUCAGUGGGGUAUCAUCUCUGCAAACACAGUCUGAUCACUGAGGUGGAGCAGGAAGCGCUGAGGCCAGAGCAGAGAGGAAUUCUCCAAGGUGCAUAUAGAGACCGGGAUACUCAACUUAAAUCAAAAGACGCAAUUCUUAUGCAGAAUGUUCCUGGGGAGAAAACUUCCAAUGGCAUAAAAAUGGCAGCAACUCACCCUGAUGAGAAACCAAUGGAAUUUAAUCAUUGUGGAAAAUUCUUCAGAAAGAACUGUCACCUUAUUUGUCCAAGAUAUUGCAAGAGAGAGAAAUGCUACAAAUAUAAAGAAUAUGGGCAAGACUUUGGCCAUCCCUCAACUCUUAGGAGUCAUGUGAGUACUCACACUGGAGAGAAAAUUAUUGAAUUUAAUGGUUGUGGAAAAAUUUUCAAUCAAGAGUCAUCCCUUAGGAAACACUUAACUCUCACAGGAGAGAAAUCUUCUGAGUGUAAUCAACAUCUUAUGUCCUUCAACUUACACUCUUCCUUUUCAGUACAUGAACAAAUACCUACUGGAGAGAAACUCUGUGAAUGCAGUGACUAUGGAAACAGAUCUUCCCUUAGUUUCCACAAAAAAAUGUGUAUUGUGGAGGAAAGCUCAAAAUGUAAUGAACAUGGGAAAGUUUUCACUGGCCCCUUGUCCCUUCAGAUAUGUGUGAGACCUCACACUGGAGAGAAACGUUAUGAAUGUAGCAAUUGUGGGAAAGCCUUUGUUUUUCAGUCUUCCCUUAAGAAACAUGUGAGAUCACACACUGGAGAGAAACCUUACGAGUGUAAUCAUUGCGGAAAAUCCUUCAGCCAGAGCUCUCAUCUUAAUGUGCACAAAAGAACUCACACUGGAGAGAAACCCUACGACUGUAAGGAAUGUGGCAAGGCUUUCACUGUUCCUUCAUCCCUUCAGAAACAUAUGAGAACCCACACUGGAGAGAAACCCUAUGAAUGCAGUGACUGUGGGAAAGCCUUUAUUGAUCAGUCAUCCCUUAAAAAACAUACACGAUCUCACACUGGAGAGAAACCUUAUGAGUGUAAUCAAUGUGGAAAAUCCUUCAGCACAGGCUCUUAUCUUAUUGUGCACAAGAGAACUCACACUGGAGAGAAAACCUAUGAGUGUAAAGAAUGUGGGAAGGCCUUUAGGAAUUCCUCUUGCCUAAGGGUACAUAUGAGAACUCACACAGGAGAGAAGCCCUAUAAAUGUAUUCAGUGUGGAAAAGCAUUCAGCACCAGCACUAACCUUAUAAUGCACAAACGAAUACAUACUGGGCAGAAACUAUAUGAAUGAAAUGACUACAGGCUAGCCUUAAGG